GUUUCUCACCGUCGCCGCGAGUGGCUUGCAUCCAAAUCAGGGACGCUCACUCAAUAUUCAAUUUGACUAAAAUCCACUGGAUUACGGUCUAGAAUCUCUAACACGACCUCAGGCUGGCCAGGGCGAUGCUAUCUAAAAUACCAAAGUCAAGAGUCAAAAAACCAAAGACCGACCUACUACAUGCUGAACCCGCUUCUGAAAUUAAGGAGUUCCGGGACGAAGAUGUGAGCCAACUGUUGGAUGUCACUAUAGCAGCAAUCAACAUCACGCAAAACCUCAUACCUAUUGACCUGGCGAAAGGUAUACUCGCAACUGUUGCCAAUAUCCUGAUGAUCGCGCAGUUGGUGAUCAAGAACAAGUCCGCUUUCCUGGCGCUAGUCAACAAAUGCAAGACCAUCAGGGAAAUCCUCGAGAGAGUGACCAAAGACACUACCAACGACAAUCUUCCAGGAUACUUGGCUCAUGCUUUAUCGGAGCUUAACUCGUCAGUCAACGAUAUCAACAAUAAAGUGAUUUCAAGGAAGGACCAAGGAUUGUUGAAGAGGUUCUUCUCUGCAACGAUUGAUCGUGACCAGAUUGCUAGUUGGGAAAUGAACAUAGACCGUGUCCUCGUACUCUUCAAUACUGAAGCGAUCGCUGGCAUUGCCAUGAAGGUGGAAAGGCUUGCUCGGGGACUCGACGGCAAUACAACUAGUGCCAAUGUUCUAAAGUAUCACUCAAUUGAGCCUCCAUCGCGACCUUCUAUGUUUUAUGGCCGCGAUGAUCUCGUGGCAGAGUUGACAGCUCUCAUUGUCAACGGUGAACACAUUGCAUUGAUCGGUCCCGGAGGCAUGGGAAAGAGUUCUCUUGCCAAAGCCAUCCUUCACGAGCCACUUAUCAUCGAAAAAUUCCCUGACCGGCGCUUCUUUGUGACUUAUGAUGGUCUAGAUCCUUCAACUAUCACAUUCGAAACUUUUAUGGCUCAUUUUGCGAGAGCCCUUGGCAUAGAGAUAACCGGUCCUGAUCCUUUGUGCCCAAUAUCUACCUUUCUUCAUUCUGCUAGCGCCCUUGUUGUCCUCGACAAUGCCGAGACCUUUGAAGAGGCCAGUGCGUUGUCAGCGCUCGAAAAAAUACCACCGGCAAUUGCGAAGAUUGCAGACAUCCGUGGCGUCAUCCUGAUCCUCAUGUCACGCAGUCGAAGGAAUGCAACAGAUGUGUUAUGGAGAAUGAUGGACAUACCGCCAUUGGACUUGAGUUCUGCAGAAAGACUGUUCUUUCAAACUUAUCCUCGCGCCCGUUGCAGCGAUUCCGAGGAAGAAAUAAAGGACUUGCUCAGGGAGUUAGAUUUUCACCCCCUUUCUAUUAAUUUACUCGCACACACUGCGUGGCAAAAUGACUGGUCUCCAGCCAUACUACUGAAGAGAUGGAACAAUCGGCCCAGUGCUGUGCUCAACCCCGGCAAGGGAAAGCUCCAAAGCUUGUCAGACACCAUGCAGCUGUCACUCGACUCACCAUCCAUCCAGGGUCUUGGCGAGGAUGGUCGUCGUACUUUAGCCAUAAUCGCCUUCUUGCCGCAGGGUCUCAACGACAACCUGGCUAGCAAUUUGUUGCCAUCGCUCCAACAAGUCGACACUAUAUGCGAUGUUCUACGCAUGCAAUCUCUUGUUUAUCGUCAAGACAACUUCAUCAAGGUACUCGCACCCAUUCGACAUUAUGUGCAAGAUUCGUUGCCACUACCUGACUCCACACGUUUGCAAGAGAUACGCACCUUCUACUAUCGCACUGUCCAGCAGUGUUCGAAAGAACAAGACGGUCAUGCUAAUAUCAUUAUCUCGGAUCACUUCAACAUUGAGCGUGUCGUGGCUUUCGACCUCGCCUGUAUCCCUGAAGAGACUUAUCGCGCUUGCUCAGAAUUUUUGGAGUGCUUGAUGUGGCAUCUUCCUCGUCCAACCACCCUUACCCCCGCUAUUUUCAAUGUCAUCGAGAACUCCUUCACGUAUGAGCUCAAAGCAUACUGCUUGUGGGAUCUCGGCUACCUCUACAACACACUCUCCCAGCUCACAGACGCAAUGAAGAUUUUCAAAGCUGCUGGGGCACUCUUUCUCGCCACCGGCAACCACAAAAUGGUGGCCGAAUGCGUUACCAGUUGUGCAGACAGAUACAGAUGUCAAGGCCGCUUCAUUCAAUCCCAACAGCUUUUAGAGGGCUUUCAACGCUCCGAGUCGUGGGAGUAUCUCAGUGAACCAACGAAAGACAGAGUUUGGUAUUUCUUGGAUAGGGCUCGGAUGUGCACAUUCACAGCAUCUGCGGACGAGUUAUUCGUGAAGUCCUCGGACUCGAAAGGUCACCUCUGUGGCUUGGAGUCUAAGAUUUGGCACUGGCGGGCCAAAUUUUGCUACGGAGGAGACAUUGUUCACGUGAAAGAGCGCUUAGAAAACCUUCUCCUACAAUGCACAUGUACUCAAAUCUGCUUCGCCCGCCGCGAUGCGCAUCUGAGGCUUGCAGUGGUGGCAUUUUGCGAAGACAGGCUAUCCGAAGCCAUGGGUAUCCUACAGAAAAUCGUAGAGAUGGCUGAGGGAGAACGUUCACACCGAGUCUUGUGGUAUACCGUGUUGAAGGCUGUUGUUGCAAGCAAGCAGGGGGAUCAUGCCCUUGCGAGGGAGCUCGUCUACAAAGCCCCAGGAUCCCUCCAACUCUUUGAGCUGCACAGUGCAUUCGUAUUUCUCCAUAGAUCUUAUUUCUCAGCAUGCAUCGAGCUCACUGCGGGCGCAUAUGACAGGGCCGAGUCCCAUUUCACCGCCACCAUUGAAGGUUGUGAUGUCCAAGGACAUCUUGAUUUCAAGGCAUACAGCAAACGAGGACUGGGGGAGAUUGCCUUUGUGCGUGGUGACUUCGCGUUGGCUGCACGAUACUUCACAGAAACACGGUCUUUGUGCACUGAGAUGGGAGUGCCUGAGCGACAUUUGUACAGUUGCGAUCCGUUCGCUGUUCUGCCAGACAAAUUUAUUGCAUGGACACUAUUUAUAGAGGUGAUGAGACGAACGCGGGAGAUGAGUGAAGCGGAACGCAUGGAACUUCAAAUGAGUACUGAGAUUGCUAUGACACAGGAAGACUGA